UAAAAAUUAAAAGAAUGUAUUAUAAUCCCUUUUCUUUUCUCCUUCAGAUUUCACCAAAUUUUGAAUGAUUUUGACAUAAUGACAGCAGAAGAUUCCGCUACAACAAUGAGCAACGAUUCCACCAAUGUGUCGGCCGCCAAAGCUCCCGAAGGGAUAGCCGGGGCGCCUAAUGAGGCUGCCCUGCUGGCUCUCAUGGAGCGUACGGGCUAUAGUAUGAUACAGGAGAAUGGUCAGCGCAAGUACGGCGGUCCUCCCCCAGGCUGGGAGGGGCUGCACCCCCCACGCGGCUGCGAGGUCUUCGUCGGGAAGAUCCCCCGAGACGUGUACGAAGACGAGCUGGUGCCGGUGUUUGAGUCCGUCGGGCGUAUCUACGAGAUGCGAUUGAUGAUGGACUUUGAUGGGAAGAACCGCGGCUACGCUUUCGUCAUGUACACUCACAAGCACGAGGCCAAGCGGGCCGUGAGGGAACUGAACAAUUAUGAAAUCAGACCGGGUCGACUUCUCGGGGUCUGCUGCAGUGUGGACAACUGCCGGCUGUUCAUCGGCGGCAUCCCCAAGAUGAAGAAGAGAGAGGAGAUCCUGGAAGAGAUCUCGAAGGUGACCGAAGGGGUUCUCGACGUGAUCGUGUACGCGAGUGCCGCGGACAAGAUGAAGAACAGAGGGUUUGCCUUCGUCGAGUACGAGAGCCACCGGGCGGCGGCCAUGGCCAGGAGGAAGCUCAUGCCUGGAAGGAUCCAGCUGUGGGGGCACCAGAUCGCGGUGGACUGGGCAGAGCCAGAGAUAGAUGUUGACGAAGAUGUCAUGGAGACCGUUAAGAUCCUGUACGUGAGGAACCUGAUGAUCGAAACCACCGAGGAGACGAUCAAAAAGAGCUUUGGCCAGUUUAAUCCUGGGUGUGUAGAACGAGUCAAAAAGAUCCGAGAUUAUGCAUUUGUUCACUUCACCAGCCGGGAAGACGCCGUGCAUGCCAUGAACAGCCUCAAUGGCACCGAACUUGAAGGCUCGUGUCUUGAGGUUACUUUGGCCAAACCGGUAGACAAAGAGCAAUACACACGCUAUCAGAAGGCGGCCAAAGGAAGCGUGGCAGCAGAAGUCACACCCCAGCAGCCUAACUAUGUUUACUCGUGCGAUCCCUAUACCUUGGCCUACUAUAGCUAUCCCUACAAUGCUCUCAUUGGGCCCAACAGAGAUUAUUUUGUGAAAGCAGGGAGCGUAAGAGGCCGAGGGCGAGGUGCAGCUGGCAACAGAGCACCGGGCCCUAGGGGAUCUUACCUCGGGGGAUACUCUGCAGGCCGUGGCAUAUAUAGCCGAUAUCAUGAAGGGAAAGGAAAGCAGCAAGAAAAAGGAUAUGAGCUUGUACCGAAUUUGGAAUUAUCUGCUGUCAAUCCAGUUCCUAUUAAACCCGGUACAGUGGCAAUCCCUGCUAUUGGGGCCCAGUAUUCCAUGUUUCAGGCUGCCCCUGCUCCCAAGAUGCUGGAAGAUGGCAAAAUCCAUACAAUGGAACAUAUGAUCAACCCCAUAGCAGUACAACCAGACCCAGCCAGUGCUGCUGCUGCUGCUGCCGCUGCUGCUGCUGCCGCCGUCAUGCCUGCUGUUUCCACGCCUCCGCCUUUCCAGGGACGCCCGAUAACUCCAGUCUACACAGUGGCUCCAAACGUUCAGAGAAUUCCUGCAGCUGGGAUUUAUGGUGCCAGUUAUGUCCCCUUCGCUGCUCCUGCCUCAGCCACAUUAGCCACAAUACAGAAGAGCGCCGCAGCCGCAGCUGCCGUUUAUGGAGGUUAUGGUGGCUAUAUACCUCAGCCAUUCCCUACUGCUACCAUUCAGGUUCCCAUACAUGAUGUCUACCAGACAUACUGAGAUUGGUAAGGGGGGGUCAUGAAAACAAACAGAAAACCACUGAAGGAACACUUUACUAUUUAUGAAGAAAGAACCUACUGUAGAAGAGCACGCUUGAACUUUUAGUAAAUAUAUAUAUAUAUAUAUAUAAAAACCCUAAAAGUGAAGAAUGUAUCAGAUAUUAAUGUUGAAAUAUUUUAUACUCAUGAAGUCACUAGUUUUUGUGACUGUUAAGGUGAAUGCGCCUGUAUGCCUACAUUUCUCAGAGAGUUUCACUUGCUAUGCCUUAAUAUCACCCAUUACUUAAUGUGUAUACAAUAGUAUGUUUAUAAAGGUUUUUUUAGCAAUUAUA